CCGGACAUAAAAACAUUGCUGGUAUUAUUUCCGGUGCUGUCAGCUCCUGCAUGUGUUUGGUGUUGAGAUGUGACUUUUUCUGACCACAAAGUUACCAGAAUGAGAGCCGGAGAAGGAACCGGGAGAACACGGCGUUAGUUGGGUCCAGUCAGACCGAAUAUUCCCGGUUAACGGACCGUUAGCUUCCUGUUAGCAUGAGCUGCGUCCCUGUGAAGAGGUUCUACCAGGAGCUGCCUGUGUGGAUCGUAGAGGACCACCACGAUGUGGUGUGCCACAUCUACAGGGCCAUUGCAUCGAGGCACCUUCCACUGAAAAACAUAAAGAUGGUUCAUUUGGACUCCCAUCCCGACCUGCUCAUCCCCGUCAACAUGUCUGCUGACACAGUGUUUGAUAAGGAGAAGCUCUUCAGUGAGUUGAGCAUAGAGAACUGGAUCAUGCCCAUGGUGUAUGCGGGUCACGUGUCCGGUGUGGCGUGGCUGCAUCCAUACUGGGCCCAGCAGAUCAGAGAAGGAGAACACGUGAUGGCCGUGGGCAGAGACUCCUCCACCACCACCAUCAGGGUGACCAGUACAGACCACUACUUCCUCAGUGAUGGUCUGUAUGUCAGUGAGGAGCAGCUGGAGAACUCCAAACCUCUCCGACUGAACGUGGUCAGAGUCAAUCCUGUCAAACCAGGUCUCAGCUCACUCACAGGACAUAAAGCAGAGGUGGACACAGACAGAUGUUCUGCUAAGAGAUCCCGAACAGACUGGAGUGGAUGUGAGGAGGCCGGCUGCUCUCAGCUCCUCUCAGCAGGCAGUGCAGCUCUUCAGCCAGCAGAGGGCAGCAGCUCCACAGAAGAAGCUGGCAGCUGUGUGACCGGCCUGACAGAUGAAGAAGAUGAAGGAUCAACCAGCUAUGUUGUCCGGAGACUGUCUGCGUUUGUGAGCCAGGCUGAGCCUUACAUCCUGGACAUCGACCUGGAUUUCUUCUCCUGUAAAAAUCCCUUCAAGGAGCUGUACACACAGGAGGAAUACUCCAUCCUUAAGGAGCUCUACAACUUCAGAGGACCCGGUCUGAACGCUGCUCAGGAGGAGCUUGAUGAGUGUGUCGAUCGUCGUAUACGUCAGCUGGAAGACCUGGAAGCAGCUUUUGCUGAUCUGCUGGAGGACGAUGGAGAAGAAACGGUGACACGCUGGGCCAGCAACCCCGGCAUGGCUUCAUUAGCUCAACUAGUUUCCAGUUUGAAGACAAGAACUCCAAGUCCUGACUAUGAAAUGGUCCACCAGGCAGGGUUAACCUGUGACUCCGUGGAGCUUCCUCACCACAUCAGCAGCGACGAGGAGAUCGACAGACUCCUCUCAGCCGUGCAGCUCUUCCUGAAGGCUCUGCCCACUCCCACUCUGGUCACUAUGUCCAGGUCCAGUCUAGAUGAAUACUGUCCAGUGGAGCAGGUGGAUUCAGUCCAGAGCAGAGUACUGGCUGUACUGGAGGCCCAGUAUGGAGCUCUGGAUUUACACAAAGACUAUGAAAGCAGCAGCUCAGAGACUCAGGACUGCCAGCCACAGGCCUCCAAACAGACACAGCACAACACUUUCACAUGUAGUUUUUAUAAUGGUAGAGUCUACAGAUACGGACCCGUAGCCUGUGGCCUACGGAUACGGCACUUUCCCUUAUCAUAAAUAUUAAUGAGCCGUACAUAAAUAUUAAUGAGCCGGCUGAUGAACGCGCUUCGUGAUUGGCUGGUAAUCCGAGUGAUGAAGGCGCUUCCGUGAUUCGAGGUGAAUCUGCGUGCCGAGCCUGUCAUGUCAGUCAUCUGCUGUUCUCUUUUCUAUUAUGCAUAAUAUCAUAUAAAUAUGUGGGUUCGUGGAAUUUGAACAUCAGUAUUUAAUGAUGUAAACACAUUAUAUAACACUGUAUUGAGAAAUAUUUUGCAAUCAGUGUGCUGGGGUCAUCGUUGUCUGUGGAAAAGUCCAACAUCACUAUCUGACUUUUUCACGGACAGCGAUUUGGGGGUUGAAAUCAGCACUACUAUUAAAAAUAGCAAAACUUUUUAUUCACGUGACCCUGUUCUAAUAAAGCACAAACAGCAAACAAAACAAAUGGCGGAACUAACAGCCAGCAAACUACAAGUAUUUUUUACCUUCAAAAGUAGCGACAGACUAUUACAUAUUAACAACCUAAACAAAACCCUGACGUAUUUUCUACGUCUGUCAACACAGACCCUGUCACAGUCACUUUAAUGUUAGCGGACUCUGUUGAAUGGCUAAGUUACAUAACCACAAACAAAUCUCACAAUAUCACAGUAAAUCGAGUUUGUGGGUUUUUUUAAAUUCAUGCCGAAUUAAAGAGCUGCUCCUCACCAUUCACGAGUGUUUGUUUCAUAUUCGACAUCCUUCACUUUAUCUUGUAAAUUAGCGUCCGAAAUUAAAUGGGAACAUUUGCAAUGGAGUUCGUCAGCCGCUUCCACCACUGAACGCGGUAAACUAAUUAAUAGGAACUGGACUUCAAACAAUUUAGACACGGCGUCUAAAAGCGUAAAAACUGCAAUGUCUAAAGUGUGAGAGGAGACGGUGUAUUUUUGGUUAAAUUAUACAAUGUUCGCCGUCAAAGUCAUUCAUAUAAACUGCCUGUAAUGUGCAGCAAAUAGUAGUUAACCGGCGCCAGCUCUUCAGUGACCUUAACGGGUCCGUACCUCUAGUACAGAUGCUACGGGUACGGGUCUGUACCUGUAGCAUCAACCUUUUAUAACAGGUGAAGACGACACGCCGGAUGCUGCUGCAGUCACUUUAAAGCACACAUCUGUCUGAUGUCCAACAGCUGGAUCCUGUUCACUGGAGCUCUGUCAUCAUCUCUGAAUGGGACGUGUUGAAGUUGGAAGUGGACGUAGUUUUUGUAGAAGGCUCUGAUCAUGUUUACAUCCAGAACCAAAUGAGUGUUUUCUGUCCUCUGAUCCCAUGUAACAGGUUCUGUGUGUGAGUCAGAGCCUGAUGGUUCUCAUUUACUUUUACCACAGAGCUCCACUGGAACUCACCAACGAGCCACACUGUUGGACUGAACGAUGACUUCCUUCAUUCUGCUUCAGUCUACAGACACCAACCUGCUGCUCAGAGUUUGGAUCCAUCCACAGCUGAAAAUAGUCCCCAGUAAAGUAGAACUGUACUUUUAUGAGCUGUUAAUUAAAAUAUUUACUUUUAAAGUAGAAACCAACCGGCUGCAGACAGACGAGGAAAGUGAAGAGAAGCAAACAGACACAGUGUUGGUUUUGGUCUUUUCAUGAGAUGUAUUUGAAUUAACAAAAAUCUUGAAUAUUUCCAGCCUUAUUCUGUAAGACAGAAUGCCUAAAAUAUGCUGCUGGUGUCCAUGGUGCAAUGAGAGGCAGUGUGUGCUGCUCUAAACGUUCUAAUUAUGUUCUGGGAAACUGAUUUGUUUAAUGGUCAAAUUUCACCUUGAUGACACAAAAGGUUCAAUAAAGUUUUAUUCUGUUAAACUCUAAAUCUAACUGUUGUAAUAAUAAUACAUGAGGACAGCACUGUGGUGGUAUUUAUUGAAGUAAAGCUUAGAAACACUUCAAACUGUGUUUAUCCACUACUGUGAAAGAAAAAUACUCUUGUCAACAGCAGUCCCCUUAAAUCAUACUGUAGAUCCUACAGGUCAGCUCAGAUUAGCUGAAGGGUUUUUAUUUUUGAACCCUGUUCCUGUUUGCUGUUCUUAAAGCUGUGAGCACAUGCAGGCCUUCUCUGCCUUUAAUAUGACUGUGAGAAAGAAAAAAGAGUUUGUCAUGAGGAAGAAACAGCUGUUGUAGAAAACAGGUAUUGUUUGAUGUUCUGUCGUGUUACUCUUUUACAGACCAGUUGUCUCCAUAUUGAACUGUAAUCUAAAUAUGGCUUUCCUCCCAAACCAACAUGUACCCAAGGUUGGAGAGAAUCCUCACAUUGAUGCUGUGAUGCUCUCAUCAGUGUGCUGCUUGUUGGAUCACUUCUCCUGAAUUCAGUAAACCUUAUUCUCUAAACUA